GUUGUUAUAGCAACAGAGAUAUCCAUCCACACGUGGAUGUCAGUGCCGCGCCUCAGCGCGUGUUCAUUGGUGUUUAAAAGCAGAAAAAGGAAAAAAGAAGAUAACAGAGAGAGAGAAUUAUAUAGAAACCCCUUCCAAUUUUCCAUUAUCAUUUCCUUUCCAAACCCAAAACUCACUCACUAUAUACUCUUCAUUCUUCGUUCCACUUCCAUUAAUUGCCCUAAUUUCAGAAGAAGAAGAAAAUGAGGAAUCCAUCAUCAACAACAACAACAGCAGCAACAACAACAACCAAGACCAAGGUGAAGAACAAUAGUAACAACAACAUUGGUAGCAACAACUCUCCAUGUUGUAACAAGGUUGGGUUGAAGCGAGGUCCAUGGACGCCAGAAGAAGACGAGGUAUUAGCGAAUUACAUCAAGAAAGAAGGAGAAGGACGGUGGAGAACGCUCCCCAAGCGCGCCGGACUUCUCCGCUGCGGCAAGAGCUGCCGCCUUCGCUGGAUGAACUACCUCCGCCCCUCCGUUAAGCGGGGCCACAUCGCCCCCGACGAGGAAGAUCUCAUCCUCCGCCUCCACCGCCUCCUCGGCAACCGGUGGUCUUUGAUAGCUGGGAGGAUUCCUGGAAGAACAGAUAAUGAAAUAAAAAACUAUUGGAACACCCAUCUAAGUAAAAAGCUUAUUAGCCAAGGGAUUGAUCCAAGAACUCAUAAGCCUCUUAACCCAGCAUCCAUUAAUGUUCCUUCUUCUUCCACUACUUCUUCUAAACCUCUUCCAAUGAUCAUUACCAACAACCAUAUUAACCCUGUUCAUCACGAUCUCACCAACAUGUUUAAUCAAGGAGUUCAUCAAGUUCAUCAUCUGGGUCAACAUCACCACCAACCUCCAGCUUCUAAUCCCUAUGAUAACCAUAACCCAGUACCUGCUGCUGCCACCGGUGAUGUUUCUGCAAUGGCUUUCAUGGACAACAACAACGAGGAUUGCAACGAUGAUAUCAACAUCAAUUAUUACUCCGACGAUGUUUUUUCUUCCUUCCUCAACUCUUUGAUCAACGAUGAUGCUUUUGCGGCGCAACAGCAUCACGUGCAAACGGAAAUCCCCACACCCAGUGAGCGUAGCAUCAUGAAUCCACUUCCAUGUGAUGAUCGUGUUGGUGGUCAUCUGGGUUCAAUCGCCACUGCUUCUGCAGCGCAAGGUUACGAUGAUGAACUUGGGGUUCUGUGGGAAUCGCCACUCGUGAAUGCUGCUACUUUCAGCCAACACGUUGACGAUCACAUCACCAAGAGGGUUCAUGAUCACCACAAUCAAUAGUAUCUAAUACUGUUGUUAUUAGUUAACUGCUGCAUCAAAGGGUUCAAGAAUACUUGUGUUGUUGUCUAUCCUGCUGUGAAAAGAUGGAGAGAGUUAGUAAGAAGGACAUUAAAGAAAGUUGUCAAGAAAGAUCUUACAUUAAAUAAUAUUCUUGAAGCUAGCUAUGGUCUUUAACCGAGAUGAAUAACGUCUAAUAAUUCAUAUAGUCGACCUUACUUAAUGGAAUAAUUAAGCUUUUCGUUGUUGUAAUUGUGUUGUUGUGGUGCUUCCAUAUAUAAGUUAUUGUUGCUUUUGUUGUGUUGA